CGCUACCGGCUCGUUCAUUCCUGCUUCCGAACAUCCACGUCUCCGUCUUGUCCCUCGCUUUCUCUCUCUCAUAUUUGUGUCUUUCUCUUCAACAGCUGCUGUACAAUCCGCUCUCUGACUUUGUUCACGCUUCCAAACACUUGCCACUGCUAGUGUCUAUCACCGAAUCUUUCGCCACCGUCGUAUAACUUUGGAUAUCAGUGGCCCAUAACAUACUCAGUCAACCACGAUGGCCUCCGCUCUCCCGCCUGUACCGCCCAACGGCAGUGCCUUGCCAUGGUCCGGCCAGCCCGGCUCUACUCGCACGGGGUGGGGUAGGAAUGGAGACACACCUUCCGCAUUUCGAAGCAUGGGCAGAGGGAGAUUUAACGGAAGAGGUGGCCGAGGGGGAAGAGGAGGACACAAUGCAGGAAAUGGACAAGUUGCUCCAUCCGAUAAUGAACACAAGCCAGUGCCGGACCAAGUCAAGAACAAACCAUACUCAGACACAUCUAAAGUCGCUACUCCUUCUACGCCUGUCACUCCUAUCACUUCUGCGCCCACGAAAUCGUCAGGUCGCCCUAGAACUGCAAGGAAGGGUUCUGAUAGAACCCCUCGGAAAGCACCAAUGUCAAGCGAUCCUUCACCACCUUCUCAUACGAGCUCUGCGCCUAGUCGUUCUUCGAAUCGUCGCCGUCGUCCGAAUGGUGGCAAAGCCGUCACGGCCACCCCAUCGAAGUCUUCGCUCUCCUCGGAAGCCAGUAUCGCCCAAUCUCGUCCCGAGAGGAGCUCAGCUGUAAUCAAAGACGUUCCUCCCCAUAUGGUGGCCACAUCAGAUGCUGCUUCAUACGACAAGAAGCAUGACAUCGAUGCUUUUGUCGAACGCGUCAGAGCAGGCGCCAUGGAUCGACCGCAUACCCCCGGGAGUCAUUUCGACUGGGCGAGCGACGACGACGACAGCCUGCCCGAUCUUCCCGAUUGGGGUAUCACUUCCGGCACGUCUGAGGAGACAAAGCUGUCGAGUAUGGGGAACGUUAUUUCUCCAAUUCUUGAAGAUGCUCUUAAACCGCUACCCAAAAUCGAGCCGGAGACUCCGAAUGUGGAAAUCUCUGACAACGAGCAAUCCGUCGAGGACUUUAGUGAGAUGGCGGCUCAGACUCCCACAUCUGUGUCAGUUCUCGAAAAUGAACAUCAAGACGUGACCCCUCGUGAGGAAAAGCUUACUGGUGCAAUCGAAUCUUCCUUGCCUGUUAACCACGCCGUCCCCGCCGAGACUGUGUUGGAGCAGCGACAAGCUCCGGACGAGGAGAUUAGUGCCCACAAGGUUGCACAACAGGGUGCUGGUGCGUCGUCGGAAAGUCGCUCCCCGUCAAAGCCGGCGUUGACGCUCCCACUGCAUCCCUCUCUACCCCCCAAGCCAGUCACGACGAUAGAGCUCCUCACUUCGGAACGUGAGGCUCGACAUGGAGAUUCUGGUUCUGCGCAGUUGGAUCUACCUCCUAAACCUGCCGUGACCGUGUCUGAAGCUCCAUUUGAAGGCGGGCUGGCCCAAUCUAUACAUGCUCCCUCCAGCAGAGCGGUAGCGACUCAGAAGAGCCCGUCGAAGCUACGAUCUCCAGAACUCGGCCUUGCUGCCUCGAUUCACGCCCCUUCCUCUUCUUUGUCGGCUCCAGGCCAACUUCCUGAAUUACCUUCUUCUCCACCCGCUCACGGACGCUCGAGGAUGGCAAGACGAGGACUCCAACAUCACCACGGAAUCUCUGUGCCUGAUUUCCCAGGUCACCAUUCUGAUUCGGACCACGUGGGAAGGGGAGCUCAUGAGCACCAUACGCGUACACAUUCCACGCCUCCUAAUGCUACGGCUCGCGCGCGCUCUCCGAUCUCCACUCGACCUAUCAUUACGAUUGAUGCUAUGUCGAGGCUUGCAAGGACGCUCGGAGGAGCGGCUCCCAAACGAGAGGCACCCACCACCAACACCCAUCAGAACUGACGCACCUAUUGCUUUACUGAUCCAUUCCAUUGUUAUCUACUUGUAUCUAUCCAGUGCUCUUUGAAUUUUUGAGACUCUCGUUCCUGACGCUCUAGUUCCUUACGCUCUAUACCCACUCUAUCCGAUGUUCUGAUUGCGUACAUUGCACCGCGAUAAUUUAAUGCAGCUCAGUACUAACAGAACUGUAUAUUGUACCAAUAAGAAUACAUUUUGUGAAUGAUGACAUCGAUAUUCCCAAAAGUU